CCCUCCCGCACUGCUUUCGCCCUACCUACUUGCCUACAACAUAGCAGCCGUCGUGGUAGUAUGCUUCUGUCUCUAGCCAUAUAGGCCAUCUCACUCCAAGCCGGUCGACCUGUCUUCUCGUCUCUGCUCCUCCUGCGUGACCUCGCCUCGCCCCGCCCCGCCCCGCCCCUUCGCCAUCAUGGCCCCCGUCAUCUCUUUCUACGGAACCCUCGUGGCGGCGGCGCUGUUCGUCGGCGAUGCACUCGCCAAGGCCCGACUGCCGCCCAAGCCGAACGACUUGUCGACGCCGGUGCAGGAGCGCAUUGCCGUCAACGGGCCCAAUGCCGUCUCCAUAGCGUGGAACACAUACAAGCAGCUUGACAAGGCAUGCGUAAAGUACGGCACCUUGUCCGGCUCCCUAAAGCUGGAGGCCUGCACCAAUCGCUCCAUCACGUACCCCACGUCGCGGACGUGGUCUCACACGGUCACCCUGACGGACCUCAAUCCCGCCACCGUCUACUACUACAAGAUCGAGUCGGCCAACUCCAACGUCGAGCAGUUCAUGAGCCCGCGCGUCGCCGGCGACAAGACGCCCUUCGCCAUCAACGCCGUCAUCGACCUCGGCGUCUACGGCGAGGACGGCUUCACCAUUAGGGGCGACCACUCCAAGCGCGACACCAUCCCCUCCAUCCAGCCCUCGCUCAAUCACACCACCAUCGGCCGCCUCGCCCAGACCAUCGACGACUACGAGUUCGUCAUCCACCCGGGCGACCUCGGCUACGCAGACGACUGGUUCCUGCGCCCCCACAACGUCUUACAUGGCACGGACGCCUUCCAGGCCAUCCUCGAGAACUUUUACGACCAGCUCGCCCCCAUCGCCGGCCGCAAGCCCUACAUGGUCAGCCCCGGAAACCACGAGGCCGUCUGCAAUGAGCUACCGGCCCUAAACCGGGGUUGCCCCACCGGCCAGAAGAACUUCACCGACUUCAUGAGCCGCUUCGGCAAUGGCCUCAUGCCCACCGCCUUUUCCUCCACCUCGGAAGACGCCGCCGCCAAGGUCAACGCCAACAAGGCCGCCGCGCUGGCCAAACCGCCCUUUUGGUUCUCCUUCGAGUACGGCAUGGUGCACGUCGUCAUGAUCGACACCGAGACGGACUUCGCCGACGCGCCCGACGCGGAGGGCGGCGAGCAGGGCUUCAAGACCGGCCCCUUUGGCGCUCGCAACCAGCAGCUGGAGUUCUUCGAGGCCGACCUCGCGUCCAUCGACCGCACCAUUACGCCGUGGGUCAUCGUAGCCGGCCACCGGCCGUGGUACACGACCGGCGACGGCGGCUGCAAGCCUUGCCAGAAGGCCUUUGAGGGCCUCAUGUACAAGUACGGCGUCGACCUCGGCGUCUUCGGCCACGUCCACAACUCACAGCGCUUCUACCCCGCCUUCAACGGCACCGCCGACAAGGCCGGCAUGAACGACCCCAAGGCGCCCAUGUACAUUAUCGCCGGCGGCGCGGGCAGCAUCGAGGGCCUGAGCGCCGUUGGCAAGAAGGGCCCGCUCAACGCCUGGGCGUACGACGACGCCUUUAGCUACGCCACCAUCCGCUUCCUCGACACGCAAAACCUACAAGUAGACUUUUAUAGGUCUGACUCGGGCAAGCUGCUCGAUAGCUCCAAACUGUUCAAGUCCCACAAGGACCGGUUUGUAUCGCAGAAGCCCUAACAUGCAAUAAUAUCGGGAAAGGCUAGGCACGAAGGGGGGGGGGGGUUACAACAUUUGGAUAUGGUCAGCGGCAAUUUGGAUGGGUAUUAAGAACGGCGUAUAUAUGGUAAUCUGGUAAUAUAGCGGCAUACUUUACGUUGAGCGCCUGUUCGCGCUACCUGGCUAGUCUCAUCGUUCAUGUCCGAACAGAGAUCGCUGAAGGUACACAACGCUUGAAGACGCCAUCGCCCUAAGAGAAGCAACGGAGAACAGAGCAGGAGAUUUAUUUGUAUUUCGCAUAGGCUUGUCUAUUCGGACGGCGUUUUGAACACCAAAUAUUCUCGAACCCAC